AUUCAAGGAGAUCUAGCUGUCAAGUUAUUUAACCAAAAUGAGGCCCAUUUUUUGUGGCAACUUUGAGUAUGACGCUCGCCAAUCUGACCUUGAGCGGCUUUUCAGCAGAUAUGGGAGGGUCGACAGGGUUGAUAUGAAGUCAGGAAUGUAUUGGAGCAUCCAUGCUCUUCCUGGCUGAUGGGCUGUGCAACGCCUUUCCUGCCUGAGCCCGAGUCUCAUCUUCUUGUGUAUUUCCAGGAGCUGAUCUGUUCCACCAUUCACUGUGGCAUCUGUCCACCUGGAAACAUUUCCCCAAGAGACCAUUGCCUUUCAUUUUCCAUGAACUUUGCCCACUGUCCCAAUCUGCUCAUGUUUCCCAUGCCGAUCUCGCGGCCAGGCUGGAGAAUAGGUCGAGAACGCAUAAUCUGUUCGAUGGCCUACCACGAGAGACCUACUUUUGGAUUAUUAUACCAUGACAUCAUUUAAUUCUACACAUAAGGAUUUGCAUUUAUCUACAUGGAUGAUGAACGUGAUGCGGAGGAUGCCAUUCGAGCACUUGACCGGACUGAAUUUGGUAGGCAAGGGCGACGGCUACGUGUUGAGUGGACAAAGCAAGAGCGUGGUGGUAGGCGGUCUGGCAGUUCAAGAAGAUCUCCAACCAAUAUGAGGCCAACAAAGACCUUGUUUGUCAUAAAUUUUGAUCCAAUCAAUACCAGGAUGAGAGAUUUGGAGAAGCAUUUUGAACCAUAUGGAAAAAUUUUGAAUAUUAGGAUUAGAAGAAACUUUGCUUUCAUCCAGUUUGAGUCACAGGAGGAUGCCACCAAAGCAUUGGAUGCUACCAAUAUGAGCAAGUUGAUGGAUCGAGUUAUUUCAGUGGAGUAUGCACUUCGUGACGAUGAUGAUAGACGAAAUGGGUACAGCCCUGAUAGAAGAGGUCGGAACAGAUCUCCGGAAAGGAGAAGUGAUCGUGGGCGAUCUGCCAGUCCUUAUGGUAGAGGCAGGGAGAGGGCUAGCCCUGAUUACGGUCGUGGUCCCAGCCCGUAUAACAAACCUGAACAGAGGGGUAGUCCUAAUUAUGAUAGAGCUGAAAGCCCUGAUUAUGAGAGGUACCGCAGUCGCUCACCCAGGCAGGAGAGAUUGUAAGAUGAUUUCCAGUUCUAUGUGAUUUUGUGCUAUCUGUUUGUGGUACAGGUAACUAGUUUCUGGUGUGCUUGGCAUAGAUCUUCCUUCAGCUACUUCUGCCGUAGCAAACUGACAAAUUUCUAGGACUGUGCACUUCAUUUUGUUUUAGGGCUUCUAUAUCAUGUAAUUUGCUGCACUAUGGAUUUAUUGUUUUUUCGUAUACAAUUAUCUUAUUGAUCCAUGCUGGACAAAAAGAAAAAAAUGAAUGGUGUGGGAUCAGUUUUUAAACUGUUUAUCUCUCUUGUUGGUUCUUGACAAGUUGAAGGUUUUUUUUCCAUUUAACGAUUGUCUGGCAGCUAUUUGUGUCCGAAAUUCC